GUUUGCUCAGUUUAUAUUUACCUUGUGUUUAUACAAACUGGCGUUAUCGGACAGACACCAUGACGCUCAAUGGUAUUAAAUAUAGCAUUAUCCCACGGGAAAACCGUGAUAUGAUUUACAGAUAUUUGAUUAAUGAGGGUGUUCUUGUUUGCAAGAAGAGUUCCAAGAUUCCCUUGCAUCCGGAGAUAAAUGUUCCUAACCUUCACGUUAUGAUGGUUAUGAAGUCAUUGAAGUCUCGUAAUUAUGUCGUUGAGCACUUCAACUGGCAGCACUUGUACUUUGUACUCACGGACCAGGGUGUGGAAUACUUGCGCAACUGCUUAUAUCUCCCACCUACUGUUUUCCCUGCCACUCACUCUAAGAGGCCUGCGUCUAAUACCAUUUUGAAAGAGGUAGCCUAAACAGAUCUGGUGAAUAUGUCGCAUUAUU